CGUCACACAUGUCUCUCUUCGCCAGUCUCUCCAGAUUUCUUGUUUCUACACUUCAGACAUUUGAUCGCUACAGUUGAUUCAUACCAUGCAGACAUUCUUCAUAAGUCGCAAACGCCCCGUAACGGCAUGCACAGAAUGCCGUCGACGAAAACAAAAGUGCGACCGCGAAAGGCCAUGCAACAUGUGCGCAGGAAGGAAUGUCCCGGAUAAGUGUACAUAUGAAUAUCCAGAAAGCUCCGACGACGGAUCAAUGUUUAGGGCAGAUCAACUAGCCCUGCAACCUCCACCUUUAAGAAUCAAUGAUGACCAGCCCUCAAUGAUGCUUAAAAACCAAUCAAUCCGGAAUCAAAUUGGAUAUGGUCGGUCCACUGAGCAAGACACACUAUCGGAACUGUUUGAACUUAUGGGUGAUGACGGCGAGCUACAGGCUCUUAACUCCACAUCCAGCGAAUCAUUGACCGCACAAACAAUGCGCAAUCUUUCCGAUCUUUAUGCAAAGAUUCCUUCCCAAGCAAUUACACGAGAGCUCAUCGAACUUUAUUUCUCAGAGGCCAAUUGGUAUUUUGCCGUCCUGGAAAAGUAUUACUUCGAAAAACUCUAUAGUUCCUGGUGUGCCCGCGGCUAUCAUUCCAGAGAGAAUGCCCAUUUCGAAGGGUGGUCUCGGGAUCUUCUCUUUUUCCCGGCCCUGAUGUGUCAGGUCCUUGCUGUUGCUUUGCAAUUCGCGCCACCGGGCAUACCCUGUUUUCAGGUUCUAGGGAUAGAGAACUUCACUCAACGUGACAGUCUCUCUAGUGAAUUCUCUUCAUGGGGGGUGGAUAUUGCGCGUGUUCUAGGAAGACACAACCCCGCCAUUACUGCCGUCCAGAACGACCUUAUGAGGGCAUUGUGGCUAAAGAACUCUAGUCGUGGGAGAGAAGCAUGGCACGUUUUAGGUGGUGCAAUAAGAAUGGCUCAAGACUUAGGGCUUCACCAACAAGCCAAGGUGAUCCAAGAACCAGAAUCUCCACUUGAAGAAACUCUUGAUCUUCUUUGGUAUGAUGAGUACAAGCGGAGACUAUGGAUCAAAUUAUAUUCCUGGGAUAGCCAUAUGGCUUUCACUCUUGGCCGACCUCGAGCAAUCAAUACCAACGAUUGUACGAUCACGCCACCAUUAGAUCGCGAUAUACCUGCAAAUCCAUCGAUUACUAUUCCAACAGCAUUAUACUUGCAUGAGCCUCCCUCAUCCUUCACACCCCAUCUUUUCCAGUACGCCAUCUGUCAGCAGGCCCACGAAGUCAUGUCACUAGGUGCUCGCAGACGCCAUACUAAAGAUUAUAGCUGGGUCAGGUCUAUUCAUGAUCGCAUCCUAUCUUUACUAGACAACUUGCCACCCGUGCACAGGCCGGUACACCCGGACACGUCCUGGGAUUCAACCUAUGUGCAUAUUCCUAAACAGCGCCAGCAAAUAGCAACUGCGGCGCAUUCAUUUCUCAUGGCUCUACACAGGCCACAUUCCAAAACACAUGUGGCUAGUCGUGAUGCUGCAAUUGAAGCAGCACUCUCUGUAUUGGAUGCACAAGAACGUCUCUUCGACCUCAUGGCUACCCGGUACUCUAAUAUUUAUGCCCUUUCUGUUUACACGGUCGAAGCCUCUAUUUUUCUUUCUGUCACUGCCCUCGAAUGCUCACCCUUGGACCCUGCUAUAUCAUAUCGCAUCGAUCGUGCAAUUGAGAAGGCUAGAGGCCGCCUUGAAGUGGUAAAAGAAAGAGUUUCUUUGGCAAAUUCUGCUUUACAGAUUUUGAACCGCUGCUCUAUCAAAAUGCAGCUUUUGUCACAAUCCCAGUUCCACGCACCCACCUUUACAGCCCAUCAUCCCAACCAAAUGACGAAAAGCGCCCCUUUUAAUGAGCUGGGAAUCGCAUACCCGUCUGAGCCUGCUCCGAGAAACCCAAUGCCCUUCCAGACAUCAAAUACUUUGUUUAAUGUUGAGCCUGGCGAGAUUGAAACUGCGGGUAUGUUCGAAGAUUUCACCGGAUCGAAUUUCAACAUCGAAUCAUGGGUGCAACAGAUCGCUCAAAUGAAUGGCUCGGGCUCGGUAUGAUGUUUAUAUCAGCGAUCUGAAUGCCAUCUCAUUCGCUAUGUACUAAGAUCAAGCUUGGACCACAAAUCGCUAUUUUAUGCUUCAAUUGAAGCCAAUCUUAC